AUGGCCAAACGCACCGGCCUUGCUCAUGCACCAACACUGUUCUCGCUGCUGCUUCUGAUGUGCUUUGCUACCCAUGGCAAGCAGGCGCAGCACAGGGCCGCUCCCACCCCCGCACCCUCGUCCACGGCCGCCGGGGGCAUCGAGGAGAAGAUGGACCCUGUGCCCCCCACCACGGACGUCGCAGGGGCCGCGGCCGGGCAGGGCGGCACCGGCGACGAGCUCUCCGCUCUGCUUAAAGAGUUCUUGCUAGACAGCAGCAGCACCUUCGCCGAGGCACGGAUCCGGGCCACCUUCUACCCAAGUUCGAGAACGAGGAGUUAG